ACUACCUUCAAAUCUACAACUUUCAAAUACAGAUCAUAUAUUCGUAACAGUAAUGAAAGGAGACGACUCAGAAGACGAGUCAAAAAACUUGUUUGCUACAAGGGUUCAUUAUAUAGACGAUAAAAGUCCUCCUGUAAUUCUUAUUCAUCGCCUGGGGAAAUUAAAAGAACGAUCAGAAUCACCAUUGGUUAAAUUGAAACUAGGUUGGAUUGUGAUUGGCACAUCCACAAUGUUGAAUUUAGCGCAGCCAGUUUUCGAAAGUGAUAAAAUCGAAAUUAAAACAAAUAAUAGCGAUAAACGACUUAUAGCUAUUAUUCCGAAUAAACGAAAAAUUGACCCAAAUAAUAGUCUUUUAGCUACUUGUGUUUCAAGAGCGAAAAAUUCGCAAGAUGAUCCAAAGGAUUCCAAAUAUGUCGCGGGAGUCCAUUUUGUUGAUAAGAAUGGUGGUGGUACUAUUGAGGCUUGUGCUUUUUGUUAUAAUCUUCAAAAUA